AUGGAAGCUUGUCACUCUCCACAGCAACACAAUGUCACCUCAUAUGGGGCCACAACUGUGGCCAUCACCACCCUGGAGGCGUUUGCUGGCAUGUGGAUUAAUGCUUUCAUAGUUUCUGUGCUUUGCUUUGGCUGGGUCAAAAAGAAAACCAUGAACUCAAAUGAGAAGAUCUUGCUGCUGCUGAGCUGCUCCAGGAUUUCUUAUUUGUGCUUCUCAUGGUUAUAUUGCUCCCUUUCAAUAACUUAUCCCAAUUACCUUUACAUUCAGCUCACAUUUCAGCUAAUUGUAUUUUUUCAAAGCUUUUUUAAUUGUUCCAACUUGUGGGUUUCAGCCUGUCUUUGUGGUUUUUAUUGCAUAAAAAUUGCCAAUUUCAGGAACAGCUUCUUCAUCUACCUGAAAGUAAAAGCUGACAAGAUUGUACCCUGGCUUUUGUUGAUAUCAGUGCUUUCAGCCUUGUCUAUUGGCAUCAUUGCCUAUGACCUGGCCGAUACAAAGCUAAGUAACAACCGCAGUUCCACUGGACAAGGAAAUUUUUCAACAGUGAGUGACAAAAUGGAUGAAAAUUUUUUCCAGAUAUAUUUUAUCUAUGGCUUUGGAAUUGUCACUUCUUUCACAGCAGUCAUCUGUUCUGCCCUUCUCCUUCUCUUUUCUCUCUGGAGACACAAACGCAAGAUGCAGAAAAACUCCACGAACAGCCCCAGCAUGGAUGCCCACAUCAAAGCCAUGAAAUCGAUUCUCUCCUUCUUUAUAAUGUAUAGUUUUAACUUCAUAUUUUUGAUGUUGUCAUUAAUUCCUUCAAGAAAGGAAGAAAAUUACAUGGCGUUUCUUAGUUUACUAUUUCUGUUUGCUUUUCCAGGUGUUCAUUCCCUUAUUCUGAUUUUCAGCAAUCCCAAGCUGGAGAAGACACUGAUAGGGAUUCUAUCCUGCGUCAAGUGCAAGGAUUGCAUGAGAUAG